UGCAUCCUCAGCACCACCACCACCACCACCACCGUCCUACCAAGGAGAGCCACCUCCUCCCUACUCUGCAGCCCCGGCAAUGCACCCUGCAGCCAAAGCAGACACAACCUGCAUAAAUCAGCCGACCACUGGGUACGUGACUUUCGGGACAUCAGCCCUGAAGCUCUGUCGGACACAACUCCUCUGAUAUCCUCGUCUUCCUUCGAUGACAAGACCGUGAGGAGAGCGUUUGUUAGAAAGGUGUUCAGCAUCCUGACUCUGCAGCUGCUGUUCACCUUCAGCGUGGUGUGUGUGUUCACCUUCUCCAGCGUGGUCAAAGAGGCGGUGCAGAACAGCCUGGGGGCCUACCUCAGCUCCAUCAUCAUCUUCCUCGUGGUCUCCUUCGCCCUCAGCUGCAGCAGAGGCUUCAGUCGGCGUCACCCCUGGAACAUCUUGGGCCUGGCUGUGGUCACUCUGAGCUUGUCUUACAUGGUGGGAACCAUCGCCUCCUUCCAUGACACCUCGGCAGUCGUCAUCACUAUGGGAGCCACGCUGGCCAUCACUGUGGCUGUCAUUGCUUUCUCUGCACAGACUCGUUAUGAUUUCACGAUGUGCUACGGUGUUCUGCUGAUUCUGGCCGUGGACCUGAUCAUGUUUGGGUUCUUCUCCACCUUCUACUACUCCUACCUCGCUGACGUCGCCUAUGGGUGUUUUGGUGCUCUGCUGUAUUCACUGUUCCUGAUGGUGGACUGUCAGCUGAUGAUGGGGACGAUGAGCUACCGUCUGGAUCCAGAGGAAUACAUCUAUGCUGCUCUCAACAUCUACCUGGACAUAAUGCUCAUCUUCCUCUACCUGCUGGGGAGGAGGUGAAGCUAAUGUACAUACACAAUAUACAUUCACAGACAGACAGACAGACAGACAGACAGACAGACACUCCAAACUGUAAUCACAUGAAUGUACUUUAUUAUUUUGAUUACUGUAAAUACUGUAAAUGCUGCUUUAAUGAAAGAAAGAGUAUUAUUGUUUGACAAACAAUUCUUUUGUACAAUUCUAACAGUAUUUGGGUUUUUUUGCAGUUCAUGUUCACACACAGAAAUGACUUGAAUUAAAGGCAUUCACUAGAAUUUAGGUAAUUAUUCGGUAGAAAUGCUCACGUCCAAUUUGCCAUAAAGAAACUUUCAAAUCU